AUGACGAUUGAAAGUCGUUCCAUGUAUAGUGACAAACUUCCGGAUCAGAUCGUAAACGUCGGCGAACUCGGUGCUGAUUCCGAGGUCGCGGUUAGGGGGAAUGAAUAUACUGCCUCGUCUACAAAGAAGGCGUUGUGGACGACGACGGGCCGUUACGCCUCUGCAGUUCUGGUCGAGGAUUGGGAAUCUGAAUGGGCUCUGCUCUGCUUCACUGAGAAAAUCCUGAACGAUGCCGGUUUAAGGACGCCGGUGACUUGCUCACAAGGAUUUCCCUGUGUUCAAUACGGGCCUGGGUAA